AUGGAGAAGGCUCUUGGAGCCAUGCAACCGCCCUCCACUUCGGGCGCAAGGACGCUCACCGAUGCCAGAGCGCGCCUCGUCUACAAGGGUCUAUUCUUCCUCAUAUUUGUACUGGCUUUGACCCAGGUUGUGGUCGUGCAUCUGCACGCCGUUUUUCCGGACGCCAAGCCACAUCCGCAUGCCGCUUUAGCGCUAUCGCGCUGUCGUUCUCUCAACGCGUCUCCCGGCCCUUCUCCAAACUUCUACCAACGCAAGGAAUCUGACCGCUUUGCGCCUGGGACAAAGCCAACUUUGCUGAAGAAUGCGAAAAUUUGGACUGGUGGCCAUAACGGCACGGAGGUCAUUCACGCGGACAUUCUUCUCGACAAGGGCUUGAUCAAGGGUAUUGGUCACGUCGGCCGUGCGACCCUGCAGGAGUACAAUGUCGAUCUCGUGACGAUAAAUGUCGAAGGUGCAUGGGUUACUCCCGGGAUCGUUGACCUGCAUUCUCACAUUGGCGAUGCAUCAAGCCCAGAGCUGGAUGGCGCAAGUGGAGACGACAACUCUCUCAAGGGGCCUGUUCUCCCUUGGCUUCGGGCGUUGGACGGAUUGAACACGCACGAUGAAUCUUAUGCACUCUCGAUAUCUGGAGGUGUUACGACCGCUCUCGUACUGCCGGGCUCCGCCAAUGCCAUUGGCGGCCAGGGUGUCACGAUAAAGCUGCGAAAGACAGCUGAACGCUCGCCUACUUCAAUGCUUCUGGAAAAUCCUUACAGUAUCAACGCUUCAUCUGCGCGUGUUGAGGAACAUCCCAGGUGGCGUCAAAUGAAACAUGCAUGUGGAGAGAAUCCUAGUAGAGUAUACCGCAACACUCGCAUGGACACUGUAUGGGCCUUCCGGGAGGCUUACAACAAAGCGAAGGAAAUAAGGGACGCGCAAGAUCAGUACUGCGCAAAUGUUCACGCGGGCCAUUGGAAUGCAAUAGCAGGCAAGCCUUUUCCAGAAGACCUUCAGUGGGAGGCUUUGGUCGACGUGCUACGCGGCAGAGUCAAGGUACAAAUCCACUGCUACGAAACCGUGGAUUUGGACGACAUUGUCAGGUUGACAAAUGAAUUUCGCUUCCCGAUUUCCGCUUUCCACCAUGCGCAUGAAGCCUACUUGGUGCCGGACGUACUGAAGAAGGCGUAUGGACAUCCACCAGCUGUCGCCAUGUUUGCUACAAAUGCAAGGUACAAACGUGAGGCAUACCGUGGCUCAGAGUUUGCUCCUCGCAUCCUCGCACAAAAUGGUCUGAACGUCGUCAUGAAGAGCGAUCAUCCUGUCUUAAAUUCGCGAUUCCUCCUGUACGAGGCCCAGCAAGCAUACGUCUACGGUUUACCUGAGAACUUGGCCAUUGCCGCCGUGACGAGCACUCCGGCUGAAAUCAUGGGCAUGGGCCACCGUAUUGGAUAUGCCAAAGAAGGUUGGGACGCUGAUCUGGUCAUUUGGGACAGCCAUCCCCUGGCACUAGGUGCAACGCCUAAGCAGGUCUUCAUAGACGGUAUCGCACAGUUAGAGUCACCCUACAUCACUGACAAACCCGCGGAGUUCCAACUAAAGCCGACGGUCCCGAAUUACGACCAGGAAGCAAGGGACGCAGUGAAGUAUGAAGGUCUACCCCCGUUGGAACCUACGAAGGCGGCGUCAAGCCACGUUCUUUUCACAAGUGUGAAGACGUUGUUUGCACGCGUCGGAACGGAUGUGGAAGAGGUUUACAAUGCGCAAGGUGAAGAAAUCGGUGUAGUGGCCGUGGAGAACGGAUCCAUUACUUGCCAGGGGGCUUGGGAGUCCUGUGUGACACCUGCACUGAUGGCCGCAGCAGAGAUCAUCGAUGUGCACGGAGGUUCUGUUUCACCUGGACUUGUGACUUACGGAUCACCUCUCGGGCUGGAGGAGAUAUCGGCAGAAUUGUCCACAAAUGACGGAGUAGUUUAUGACCCUCUUGUGGACAAGGUUCCGCCAGUCUUGGGCGGAGAUGGUGCUAUUGUUCGUGCGGUAGAUGGACUUCAAUAUGGUGGGAGGGAUAGUCUCCUCGCCUACCGCGCGGGAGUCACGACAGGGAUCACCGCACCAAGUCAUUACUACUUCCUAGCCGGAAUCAGCACGUCCUUCUCUACUGGCGCACUGCACAAGCUGGAAGAAGGUGCAGUGAUACAAGCCACAAACGCCGUGCAUGUUUCCGUGAGGCACUUCGGCUCAGCGCCAAGUGUGAGCACCCAGAUUGCUACACUUCGACGUCUAUUACUCGAGCCUGCAGAAGGAGAUGCAGGCUUGUGGUUCAAAGAAGUCAGUGAGGGCAAAGUUACCUUGGUGGUCGACACGGAUAGCGCAGAUGUCAUAGCGACGCUGAUCCUACUGAAGAGGGAAGUUGAGGAAAAGCUCGGCAGCAAGAUUAAGAUGACCAUUGCGGGAGCAGUUGAGGCUCACAUUCUCGCAAAGGAUAUUGCAGCGGCAGACGUUGGCAUUCUGCAAGUUCCUUCACGGCCAUUCCCGUCAACUUGGGAACGUCUGAGAAUUCUACCAGGACGACCUCUAAGCGCACAAAGCUCGAUCGCACUGUUGUUGUCGCAUAAUGUCACUGUGGGCAUUGGUAUCGAGGAAGCAUGGAGUGCACGUAAUACGCGCUUUGACAUCGGCUGGGCUGCCAUAGAAGCGGGUGGACAGAUCUCCAAAGCGCAAGCACUCGCACUUGGCUCCACGAACAUAGAGAAAUUACUCGGCGGUCGAAUUGAAAUAGCGCGCACUCAUGACAUGGUGGUCACUGAUGGAGGGGAUCUCCUUGAUCCGGGGAGUAAGGUUAUUGCUGUGAUCUCGCCAAGGCGCCGGGUGGUUGACUUGUUCUAA